AUGGCUUCCAAGUUUUUAAUUGCAUUUGCUGCCCUGGUCACCAUCUCCACAGCCAAACCAAUCUUCUUUGGUAAACAUCAUGGUCCAGUCCAUGAACACCACAUCAUCCAUGUCCCUCUCCAUGUCCCUGAACAUCACGUCACCCAUCAUCACGUAGAAAAAGUCCAUGUUCCUGUUUAUGUACAUGAUCACCACGAUCAUCACAUUGACCAUCAUCAUGUUGAUCAUCAUGUGGAUCAUCACUUCGACCACCAUCAGUUGGCACACUAUGACCAUCACGACCAUGAUUUCCAUGGGCAUCACUUCGACCAUCACGAUCACUUGGACCAUCACGGAAGCUUCUGGUAA